AAACAAUGCCCACCAGCCAGAACAUUUUUUUACAGCUGCAAGAGAUAUGGCGCCAAAUACCCUCUAUUUAAGAAAGGAGAAGCUCCAGUGUGACUCAUUUGUCGAGCCCGCAGCCUUUUGGAACCUCUCAAGUAACAAUGUCUUCAAGAAAACGGCAAAAGCAACACAAUGUUCCUUCUAGAAAGAGAACUAGGCUUGGUGACAUCUCAAACUCCUCAUAUCACAAGUCACAAGCAGAUACAUGUAUCCCCUCUUCUCCAAAAUGCUGUAUCAACCAACAUGUGCCUGAAAAUGAACAUCAGCUGGAAAGCAUGGAUACCUCCAUGUACUGCUCAGAGAAUGUCGAUUUCUUACCUAUCACGAGGAAGCAACUGGCUCGUAUGAAGAAGUUUCAGAGGCUGGAUCCCGGUGGCUUGUUCAACUCUCUCCCUCCUGAAGUCCUUCACAAGCUGUUCUCAAUGCUGGACCCUGAGAGCAUGCUGUCUCUGUGUCUGACCUCCACUGUCCUCAUCUCGUACGUCCAGGGCUAUGUGUACACCUCCGCUGGACUCUCUCACAUUCUACCCCCUCUUGUGACCAAUGACAUGGAUACUGUCUCCAAAAGAAGCUUCAAUCUUCUCGGAAUGAUAAUAAAAGCAGUGACUCUAAUGGAUACCUUCAAGAACAGGCUCAAAGUUGCAGCUUUCUUCAUAGACAAGCUGCAUCCGGUCUAUUUGUCGAUAUACCAGCUCCUCUCCCACAAAACAGCUUACGAGUGCUUUGGAGCAGCUUUGAACGCUUUUGUGUCGGGCUGGGAGGAUUGUGCCAAAACUAGAGUCUAUGAGCUAGUCAAAUCUAAAUCGAAACUCAUUGAUAGGACCAAUACAGUGCUUCAGGCCGUCCCUGGGUCCCUUCCUUGGCAAGAGACAGAUGUCCGUGCUCUACACAGAGAGGUGUUCUUAUGUCCAGUAAAAUCUGAUGAAGAGUAUGGGCUCUGGCUCUCUCUUAUCCUCAAACCGUGGCCGCUUGUAUUCCAAGCCAAAUUGCUGUAUUUGCUCACAGCCCCAGGGGAUGACAGUGGAAAGGUGUACUGGAUAGAGUCUUGUGGCUGCUCUCAUCUCCAACACACGUCUAACGAUAAUCUGGACUUCUCUGAACUGGCACGAGCAAUGAGAGUUCUCUACCAAAACAAGGCUUGGACUGAGGACGACAUUGUUACCAUUUUCAACGAAAUCACAUCCUCUACUCCGAAUGGGUGGUGUCUGGAGAAUGUGGCCAUGCUGUUGUUCGGCUGUGGUACUUCCAUAGUGAAAGGUUUCCUGGGAAGCAAAGCCAUCAAUGGACACGUCAACGAGCUGGGCACGAUCCUAUUCUUUAUGGCCAACUGCUGUGUCAGUGGAAAUGUCUCAAAUGAUGAUAUUGACGAGGACAUUGUGUGGUACAUUCACAUCCUCUCCUAUGUGACCCAGCUCCUACCAACAACAGACAACAAGAACAAAUUCAUAGCUGACCUUGUUGGGAAGUGGCAAGCUUGUCUAUUGACUCAAUUUGAAGAAUAUGAUCCCAUUUCUGCCUCUGAUGAGGAGCUUGUGGACUUUGUGCAAGAGUUUCAUUCCACUGUCUCCUCCCUAACAAGACUCUGCCAAAGCCUCCUACAGAUUAAAAUACAAUCUCUCAACAACUAGUAGCAUACUAGUAUAUUCUCUAUGUGAUCUGCAUCAUUCUUUAUUAUGUAUUUGUUUGUGUAGUUGAUAUUCUCAUACAUAUUGACAUGUGAACCAUUCAUGA